AUGAAUCGAUCAUUACUGAUUGCAAUUAUAUUCAUGAGUAUUACUUGCUUAUUAUAUUAUUCAAUAAUCACCAAAAUUGGAUCAAUUACAAUAUAUCAAAGAAGAAAUUAUGUUCGAACAUCAUCUGCAGUCGAAAGAUUCGACGAAAAUGAUGCUCUAGAUGAAUAUCAUAUUCCGAAUCAGCAGAUUCAUGAUAUGGCUAUGAAACUUAAUGUUAGUAGAGAGAAUCGAUAUCACAAGAAGAUUCGAUUAAUAGCUGCAUUCAUGCAAAAAGAUUAUAUCGCAGUCACAAUGACAUCGGCGAAUCUUUUCGCUGAAACCGUUUAUUGUCAUUAUUAUGAUGAUGAUGGUAUUGAAUUCGGACAACGAUUCGAAACGAAAGUGUUCCCCGAAUCAACAAUUUAUUGUGCGCGGAAACGAAAGACGAAACGGAUUGGAAUCACUAAAAAUGAGAACGAUGUGCCGGAAAUUAAGAUUCCAGUGGUCGACAGAACCAGUGUUUACACUCAUUUCUUAUCCGCGUGCAUUGCGCCAAUGUACGGCGAUGAACCCAAAUGGUUGCAUAUUGUUGAAUUCAUUGAACACUAUAAAAUCCAUGGAUUCACCUGGUUCUACGUAUACGUCGUUGAUAUUGACGAGUACAGUCGAAAAAUUCUCGAGGAUUAUGAGAGACGAAAGGAAAUUGAGGUCAUCAAUCUGUAUGAUGGAUUUAAAAGGAAUAAUCGAUUUUGGCACAUGCCGCAGAUUCAUGACUGCUUACAACGAAGUCGAACACACUCGAAAUGGACGGCGUUUGUUGAUUUGGACGAGAGAUUGAUGAUGGAAAAGGAAACAAUUCGAGCAUAUUUGAAUACUUUAAACAACGAUAGCAUUUCGGUAGUGGAUUUCCGACAACGCUGGAUUCUCAAGGACACAUUUCUACCAGAGAAAUACGAGGACGACGAACAGCUUGUCUCGUGGAUGCCCACUCAGAAAUACACGAAUAGCUCCUCGUUUGGACCACCUGGACAUACUAUCAAAUGUAUAGUUAAAUCAGAGACGGUAGUUUCGAUGUUCGUCCACUAUCCCUAUCAAAUGUAUCCCGGAUUCAAACGGAUACAUAUUGAUCCGAGAGUUGGCUAUGUCAGGCAUUAUCGCGAUGUGAAUCUCGGCGAUUGGGGCAAAAAAUGGCUGGCUGGAAUCACGAAAUUUGGAAAUUUCAGCACAACUUAUUAUCCAAAAAAGUACAAGAAUCGACUCAUUGAAAAUGUCAAACAGCGGGUUCAUUAUGUCUUUGCUAGUUUUGUUUUUAAAUGUUUAGAAAUUCCCGAAGUCAAAGAGAGAAUUCUUAACGAGCUUCGACGUUUGGCACCGAAACAAAGAGAAUUGAUUAAAGAAACGUUUCCGAAAAUAUUCGAGUCGUCUCGAAGAAACGGGCAAAUUCUUUUCGCAAAUUAUUUCGCAGAGCAUCCGCAUUACAAAAACAUUUUUCCGAAUUUCCGCGGACUUCAGGACAGCGCGUUGUUGGCGUCGAAUGAGCUCGCGAAUCACGCAUCGGUCUACAUGUGUGGAUUAAAGGAAAUUGUCGAAGUGAUGGAUGAUGAGGAGAAACUCACCUAUUUCAUCGCCAGAAUUGCCAGAAGCCACUUGAAAUGGAAUAUCACCAAAAGUCAUAUUACUAACAUGAUUCCCGGUCUCGAGAUCGUAUUGAAGUCGUGCUUUGGUGAGGCCGCCAAUGAGGAGCUCAUCACUGCUUACACCGCGCUCUAUGAUGUCAUCGGAAAUCUUUUGGACAUUCAGAAGAAGCUUCAGGCUCGCCGUCCAACCUGUUAA